AUGACAAGUGCAGACAACGGCGUAGAAACGCUGCCGACUAGCGUCGUGGACUCUGCAGAGGCCAAAAAUAUAACCAUGCCCGCUGGCGGCACGCUUGAGUCCGAGGCGCAGGCCAUGGGCCCUGGCUAUGGCCCCGUGGCGGGGGCCAGCGCGAGCGACAACGCGAGCCCUGACACGUCCAAGACCGAGGGGUCGGAGGCGUCGCGAAACUGGCCCACCUCUCUGCCGCCGCUACCGCCGCACUUGGCCGGCGCCGAUCUGCCGAUUGCGAACAUCUCGCGGAUCAUGAAGCGAGCCUUGCCGGAGAAUGGAAAGAUCGCCAAAAACGCCAAGGAGUGCAUGCAAGAGUGUGUGAGCGAAUUGAUUAGCUUCGUCACGUCCGAAGCAAGCGACCGGUGCGGAAGCGAAAAGCGCAAGACUAUCAAUGGUGAUGAUAUUUUGUACUCGCUGCGGGUGCUCGGCUUUGACAACUAUGAGCAGGUCCUCAAGGUGUACCUGAGCCGCUACAGGCAGGCCCAGGAGGAGAACCCGCGUCAUCGCCGACGAAGAGCCUCGAAGAGGCGCUAUUCUUACGACCCCGCUGUUGACGGCGAGCUCUCGGUGAUGGAUGGAGCGGCUGUCGAUAAUGACGUCGCCGACGAUGAUGAUGACCACCUCAGUGAUGAUGCGGAAGAGGAGUAG